AAUAGCAAAUAAGUUUAGCUGCGAUUUACAGGAAUAUAGCAGUUUACUAGUUUAAUUAUAUUGCGCAAUCUCGUUUGGAUACCGCGUCAAAUAUUUUAGAAAAAAACAAGUAGCUUACAAAAUGCCUAUACAACGCAUUAUCUGUGGUUUAGGACAACGUACCUUGCCCUUUUUUAAUAAUAACAGUAACACAUCGCAGAUCGUACGCAAAAUGUCUUCUUCGGUAUUGGCCACUGAAUCAUCUACGAAGGGCAUGAUUAUUUUAAAUCGACCGAAAGCAUUAAACGCCAUUAAUUUAGAGAUGGUGCGGAAAAUUUACAAACAUUUGAAAAAAUGUGAGAAAACCAAAUCUUUAAUGAUCAUCAAAGGAACCGGAGAUAAGGCUUUCUGUGCGGGUGGUGAUGUGAGAACAAUUGUUGAAUCCGGGCCGACGGAAGAAUCGAAAACUUUCUUUCGUGAAGAAUAUACGACAAACGCAUUGAUAGGCAAUUAUAAAAUACCAUAUAUUGCCUUAAUUGAUGGUAUUACCAUGGGCGGCGGCGUCGGCCUUUCUGUUCAUGGUAAAUAUCGCGUAGCUACAGAACGCACAUUAUUUGCUAUGCCCGAAACAGCAAUUGGUCUGUUUCCGGAUGUCGGAGGAUCGUAUUUCCUGCCACGCUUACAAGGAAAGCUCGGGCUCUUCUUGGGUUUGACUGGCCAUCGCCUAAAAGGUGAAGAUGUUUUAAAAGCUGGUAUUGCUACCCACUAUUGCGAUAGUUCGAAAUUAAGCGAUUUGGAGACAACGUUAUUAAAUUGUCCAGAUGCUGACGAGGUACCAGAUAUACUUAACAAAUUUAAUAAACCAUCGGAUAAACUAUUCAGUUUGGAUCCGUUACUUGAAAAAAUUAACAAAUGCUUUGACGGUGAAAGCGUUGAGGAUAUAAUUGAAAAUUUGAGAACAGACGGUAGUGAAUGGGCUUUAAAAACAGUAGAGACUCUUAGCAAAAUGUCGCCGACAUCAUUGAAAGUAACCCAUCGACAAUUGGAAUUAGGUGCUAAACUCUCACUGCCACGAUGUUUGAAUAUGGAAUAUCGUAUAGUUUUACGUCAUUUGCAGGAUAGCGAUUUUAAGGAGGGCGUACGUGCCAUGCUUAUCGAUAAAGAUCAAAAACCGAAAUGGCAGCCAAACACUUUGGAAGCGGUUACUGAAGAGCGCGUACAAUCAUAUUUUGCUCGAUUAUCCGAUAUGGAAGAACUUAAACUGUAAAUUGUUCUUCUUAUGAUUGUCGUAAAUCGUUGUUUUCUUGUUGAUGUUUUUUUUUUGUUCAUGCACGAUUUUACUGGCUAUGAGGCCGGCAAUCAAAAUUGUUUUAAGUUUGCUGAAUGUGAAUGUGUGCCUGCACUUUUCCUUCAUGCUAUCCAUUAUAUUUCCAAUUUCCAAUUGGAUGUUGCUAAAGCGUUCAUUUAUGGGUAUAAGCGUAUAAGUGUAGUAGAGAGGGAGUACUACUAUGUGUUCACAUCUUAGAACAUUCCACACUGGGGCGUUUUACAUCCAAUGAAAUUGUUAUUACAUCCCGUUGAAAUUGUUUUCAUUGUAUAUAUAUAUAUACAUACAUACAUAUAUGUAUAUCAGCGUAGAAUUCAUAUAAUAUGCAUACGCACGUUUAAAUAUUGGCACAACAACACUUUUUUGUUUAACUGAUAACUGAUAUUUUUCUGAAUGAGUUUUUUUGUUUUUCUUAUUUGUGUCAAUUUCUUUCUUUUUCAAU